CGAGCCCAGGCAUAGACAGCGCAGAGAGGGAAGCCAGGUGACACAGCCAGCUGAAGCAUCACUGUUUUUCCUCGGACAAACAUCCCAGCUGCAAGACCAGACCUUGGGAGUGAUCACCAAGAACGAUAAAUCUGAGACAGGCCUUCACACAGCAGAGAAGAUGCCAAUCUGCACCGUCCUGGAGAAGCGUAACGGCGCGGUGGUGGGAGCUGAGCUCACCUGCAGCGUACGGGAGGAGAACAAAUCUCAGAGGGAGAGCUACAGCGCUGACUGGCACAGUGUCAGUCUCAAAACUCAACCUCAGGACAGGCAGACGAUGGACAUGAAUGACGACUCUCGCAGGGAGACUCUGUCCCGGCAGUGGCAGGCCCGUUCACUGAUACAGGCCUGCCCCUCUGGCGUCUUCAGAGUGGGCACUGUGGAAAGAGGGGUCAGGGAGCACCAGCUGCUGCCGAAGAGAAACACCCUCCCCUUGCCCAUCUUCACCCCUGCAGAGCUGGGUGUCAGGCUCGGACGCGGAGCCCCACACACCGAGGAGGACCUGCAGCCCUACCCCAACCCAGACGGAGCCUGUCCCAGCAAGAGGACCGUGGACGAGAUCACAAGAGAUCUCCCCCCUGUCAAGCCGACCCUCAUGGAGUUCGCCAAAGCACCCAAAGCCCUGGGUCGCUCCAUGUCCCUGGAGGCUCAGAGAGGGUGAAGAACAAAAGGACAAAAAGAGAAAGAGUGGAUGUUAGGGAGAGAAGAGAAGGAUGACAGAUGGAGAAGGAUAGUCAUUGAGCAGAGCGUGUCAGGAGGGAGCAUGACAAGAUGUAUAUAGAUUAAUCUCUAGCGACAUUCGUCAUAAACCCUACAUACUGUAGAUUUUUAGCACUGUCUGUGUUUCUUGGCGAGCACAGCACCAGGUAAAUGUCACGCUUUGUCAUUGUUGGCAUUUGGUGGUCAGCAGUAUUAGAAAUGGUUGUGUGAAGGCAUUGGCAUUGUCAUGGGUAGUCAGGGUGCGAGUUCUCAGCUGUGCCACGGGCUAAUCUCUGCCCGCGCUGGCCGGCUGGGCUCAUCGUAUCUGCUGAUCUCUUCAGUGGAAUCACUGUGACCCAACGGUUGCACGCACCGGUGCACCUUAACCAUGCUGCAUGCACUUCCUUUCGACCUUCUUUUGUAUCGCAAUGUGUAAAUAUCCUCAUGAGGUAAAUGGAAGUGUUCUCGUGGUCGUCUGACUCAUGGAUUAUACCUGUGAGAGGCGGUGGAGGCGUGCAGUGAUGUAGAAAGUGACAGAUGGAAAAUGACAUGGCAAAGGCAGAGGCAGGUAGCAGACUGUAAAAAGAGAUAGGAAGAGGGAGGGAGAGUCAGAGGGGAAGGGGAAGAGGAGGGGGUGAGCGCUCGGGGAACAUGCCUUGGUCAGCAUCCAGGCCUCCAGAAGCCCUUGACAGUCUCUGAUCUCUGUGAAGAGUACAGAAUGCUCCGGCGUGAUCACACACUGCGGCUGUACAUAUGUGUGUGUGCGUGUGUGUGUGUGUGCAUGUGCCUGCUGACACCUCCAAUCAAGAGGACUUAGGAAAACUAAUGACCUGUUCUUUACUGUGUACUAGCUGAUCUACCUUGAUAGCUGAGUGGCAGUUCAUACCUAUAUAUGGUAGAGGAACAGACACUGUAGUAGCUGAGAAUACCCAGUGGUGUAAAUGAAUUUGAAAUGUGUGCAAUGAUGUUGAAAUAUUUGUCCUAGAUAUUUAUUAUUUUUACAAAUAAAAGCUAUGU